AUGAUUGAAGUAAACUCAGGAGUUUGUGAACCUCACAUGAAUGGAUAUGUUCUCGCAAAGAAGAUACUUCGAGUAGGUUAUUAUUGGCUCACCAUGAAGCGGGAUUCUAUACGGUUUGUUCGUAAAUAUCAUGAAUGUCAAAUACACGGUGAUUUGAUACAUUCUCAUCCCUCCGAAUUACGUGCGAUGUCUGCUCCAUGGCCUUUCGUGGCAUGGGGAAUGGAUGUGAUUGGACAAAUAGAACCAAAAGUAUCGAAUGGUCAUAGGUUCAUCCUGGUGGCCAUUAAUUACUUUACAAAAUGGGUGGAAGCAGUAACUUUCAAGUCAGUGACCAAGAAGGUCGUGGUGGAUUUCAUUCAUUUCAACAUCAUCUGUCGAUUUGGUAUUCCAAAGGCAAUUGUUACCGAUAAUGCUGCAAAUCUCAACAAUCGUUUAAUGCAAGAGGUAUGCCGUCAAUUUAAGAUUGAACAUCGAAAUUCGAUUCCUUAUCACCCAAAAGCAAAUGGGGCUGUAGAAGUUGCCAACAAAAAUAUAAAAAAAUACUUCGUAAAAUUUCGUACGUCAGUGGGUGCCACCCCCUAUUCGUUGGUAUAUGGGAUUGAGGCAGUUAUACCUGCAGAGGUUGAGAUUUCAUCUUUGCGGAUUGUUGUAGAGGCUGAAAUUGAUGAUGAUGAGUGGAUUAGAACACCCUUGGAGCAAUUAAGUUUGAUUGAUGAGAAGCGAAUGACGUCAGUAUGCCAUGGAUAA